AUGGACCCGGAAUCAGUGAAAUCACUCGUAAAAUCAUUACUCGCAGAGCAACAGGAGGCCGCACGACGCCGAGAGGAGGCUUUAUACGAACUUAUCAAAGACAUUCGUUUGUCUACACACACGCCUUCCUCAUCACCUUCAUCGUCAACGUCUUCCUCAGGAACACUCCCUCAGUUACCGGAAUUCCAACCUGAUGAAGAAGACGGCUCAAAAUUCGACGAGUGGGUAAGUCGCUUUGAGUUUGCUUUGGACUGCGCGGCACCCAAGAUGGCCGACCAAGAGAAAGUCAAGUUCCUUAUGACUAAACUUUCUGCGCCCGCCUUCAGCGAGUACAAUAAGUACUGUAUGCCGAAGAGUAUUACGGACUUCGACUACGAGGAAACCACUUCGCGACUUCGCCAACUUUUUAGCAAGAAACGUUCGAUCUUCGCGGACCGCUAUGACUGUCUGCGCAUUGCAAUUGACGAUGGUGAAGACUUCCGCCAUUUCACGAACCGAGUGAGAGCGGCUCGACGACGAUAUAACUUUCGUGCUCAGACAGAAGAACAGUUCUUUUGUCUCGUCGUUCUCACUGGACUUAAGUCGAAAGCCCAUGAGUCAUUACGCGCCCGAAUUCUCCAGAAGCUUAACUCGGAUGGAGAAAACGUUACAUUCGACGACGUGAUGAACGACUGCGAAGAGUUCAUAGCGAUGCGUUCCGAAAAUAAGUUAUACGAAGAAACAGAACGUCUGGUUAAUAACGUCCGCGCCAAGACCCCGCCUAAAGAAGAAAAGACCAAGAAGGCAAAUCGUCCACCGAGUACGUGCAAGCGAUGUGGUGAGUGGCAUUGGUACAAAGACUGUCCAUACGUAAGACACAAAUGCCAAAAGUGCAAUCGCGUAGGACAUUUAGAGAAAUUAUGUCGACGACCACAGAAGAAAAAGCAAGUGUGCUCCGCCAGGGUAGGAAUUAUCCAAAAUUUUGUAAACGCCUGCCGACUGCUAAAAACAAAGAUUGAGGUUAAUGGACACCCAGUCGACUUCUAUCUCGAUAGUGGAUCUGAAAUUAACAUUAUCGACGAAACGACAUACGAUGCCAUCGGACGACCCACACUCCAGCCUUGUACGGAACGAGCUAGAUCUUACGACGGAACCAAGAAAGGAGCUCUCAACCUCCUCGGAAUCGACGCUAUGCACCACUUUCAUUUCUUUGCUGCUAAGGUUUAUGAGGUUAACACCUGUAAGAAGCCAAAGAAUGACCACAUCUCCGCCCAACCAUUACGGGAUGAAGAAACGGUCGUAGCAACCAUCCAAGCCGACUUGGACCUUACAGCCUUGUCGUCUCAACUACCUGUAACUUUCGACAAACUGUGCGAGCAAACAAAAAAGGAUCAACUCCUUCAAACGAUCAGGCAGUACAUUACUUCCAAGUGGCCGAACGUCGACAAGCUUCGGGAGUCCCCCGAUUGGACUCAAAUCCAACAGUUCUAUCGUCGACGCGACGGACUCAGCGUCGAAAAGGGAUGUCUCGUCUAUAACGAACGCAUCAUCAUCCCCACACUACUCCAACGUAGGGUACUCAAACUCCUACAUCGUGGACACCCCGACAAUGUGGUUGAAUUUCCUGCAUUACUGCAACAACAAUGGAAAGAAUCAAAUAGUGAACAUAUGAAUAUAUUAAAUGAAGGAAAUGAUGUUGAUUAUACUUUCGUUUUUAACACUCCCGUUCACACAAGCUGUGAUAUGUGCAGGAUGAAAUUUCUACCUAUUUUAGGAUUAUUGUUCGCAGUAGCAUACACUUGUGAAGAAAUUUUAAAAAAAUGGAAUAAAUAUUCGUGUAAUUUACCCAAAAACCACACGGAUACAGAAGCAAGAUGUUAUAGAACAAAGGCAAUGUCCACCGCUCAUAUCAUUAACAAAUUUUUUUCGUUAAGCUGUGCAAACGAACCGAUCGACCCUACAUUAGUGCACUGUCUGGAGGCUAAAAAUGUGAGGUAUGUGGAUAUUAAGGAUUGCUAUUUGUCAGAUUUUGACGUAGGUAGAUUCGUUUCGGGUGUUGAAGUCUAUGACGUAUUCAUUAUCUACACCACCAACGUAAAAAAUUUCGAUAGUGCAAAAUUUAGGAAUAUUCCUUCAGUGAAAGUGAUAAAACUUACUGGUCUAAGAACUGAUUUAUUAAAUAUUACAUUCGAAAAUCUUCCUUCUUUAGUAUCUCUAGAAAUCGUGGAUCAUAACUUCACAAGUAUCUUGCAAACACCUUUUCAACACUUAACAAAUCUUGCUGUGUUAAGUAUGAAGAACGGUGUCUUGGAACGUUUACCUGGAAAUCUAUUUCAAGGCCUUUAUAACCUGAAAAGUCUUGAUUUAAGUUAUAAUUUAAUUUCUCAACUUCUGCCUUCACAAUUUCAAAAUCUUUCGAAUUUGCAAUAUUUGGAUCUGACAGGUAACCAAGUUGUCUACUUACCUAAACUUCUCUUACGUUACAUUCCAAAUCUGAAAGGUCUUUACGUUGAUAAGAAUAAAUUAACUCGAUUACCUGAAAGUUUAUUUGCUUUCUGUCCAAAAAUGAAUUACUUUUGCAUAUGCCAUAACAAUAUAACACGAAUUCCUUCUGGAAUUUUUAAGGGACUACACGAGUUAAGAUUCUUCAACGCUCUAAACUGUUCAUUAACUUCCCUCGAAGAAGAUUUAUUUUCUGAUGCAAGAAAUUUAACAUCAGUUAUUUUACAGAAGAAUAAACUUCAAGAUCUACCUUCAAAUUUAUUUAAAAAUAACAAAAAUCUUAAAUCAUUUUAUGUUGGAGGAAAUAGAAUAACAAGGAUUCCUGCAAAUUUCUUCCACGAUCUUCCUCAAUUGGAAGUGCUAGAGCUAUCGAGAAAUAGUUUGAGGAAUAUUUCUAGUGAUAUUUUUUACAAAUUAUCAUCGCUUCAACGUUUGGAUUUAUCACAUAACUUCAUCACUUGUAUGCCUGGUAACGUUUUUCAUCCCUUUAUCAAUUUAAAGGCACUGGACUUGUCUUUUAACAACUUCAGUGCUGUUACUUCUGAACAUUGUCUUGGUAUCAUUACAAAUGUAAACCAGUUAAUACUCAAAAACACAGGACUUCGAUUUUGGCCACACCUGAACUGGUCAAAGAACAGUUUUGAUUUCGUAGAUUUAUCACAAAACGAAUUGCAAUCAGUGACAUUGCCAGUUUUUACUCGAAACACUAUGAAGAUUAACUUAUCGCAGAAUAAUAUAAGGACUAUUCAUCUGGAUACACAUAAAUACGGGCUAAACACCCCUCUAUAUGAUAUACGAGAUAACAAUAUCACGUGUGAUUGCGAACUUCGCCAGUUUGUACACUUUCUGAUGUACAACGAGAUAUCGUUGAAGAUGUUUCCAGAUAUUAAAAAUUUAACAUGUUUUGGAGAGAACAGAACACUUUUUCCCUUGUGGUACACGUGUCCUAUUAAAGAAAAAUGCCCCGUUGACUGCGAAUGUUACUUGGACUACGAAGGAAUAGUAAUAAACUGUUCUGGAAAACACUUAAACGCCAUGCCAGAAGUCCUUAUUGAAGGUUCUACAAUAGUGGAUUUGAGCUUUAAUAACAUUAGCACCAUCUAUGGCUUCGAAUCACUAACAUGGAAGAAUGUCACUCACGUGUAUUUGAAUCAUAAUAUUUUAAAAUAUUUCAAUAAUUUUCCUCCAAAUAUUAUUUUACUAGGUUUGGCUGGAAAUAGCUUAUCUCACUUGCCUCCAUUAUUGAUGAAACACAUCGAUGAUGCCAAUGAUUUUAAGAUUUUUCUGGCAGGCAACAACUGGACUUGCGGCUGUGACUCGCUGUUUACUAAGGAAUGGCUCGUUAGGAAUAGAGAAAAAGUAAUAGAUUUCGAGAAUGUUUCUUGUCUGAUAGCUUCUGAUACAUUUUUAUUUACUCAAAUUGCCUCUUCUGAUAUAUGUGUAAGUGUGAAAGGCACCUUUCUUGCAUGGAAGAUUGUCGUAAUCAUUGUAAUUUUUGUACUUUUAGUAUUGUUAUUGAUAACUGCAAUAAUUGUUUAUAUCCGUUACGGAAACAAAAUGAAUAUUUUAAAGAAAUCAGGAACUGAGUUAGAUAAGCCUGUGUUUUCAUUUUCGUACGUCACAAUGUCAAACGAAUAUAUAAAUUCUUCUUUAUUAAAAUAAAUGUUGUAGGUUCGCAACUUAUAAAAGUACAUAUUUAUUCAAUAUCCAAGAGAAAAUGAAUACGAUUGUAGGCAACACAACAUACGGCUGAAGUGGCCCACGAGUAAACUUUCGUAAGAAACUGGCCCCUAUUUGUGAAACGCCUAAAGAAAACAUGGAAAAAUUUACGUGACAAACUCGUUGGUGGGAUGCAAACACAUGAGUAGUGUUCAGUGAUUUUAUAGAAGUUACAACUGUAAAUGAUAUAUCUCAGUUAAGUGACU